AUUUAUAAAGCUACGUUGUGAAAUCAAUUCACAAACAUUGUUGGAAAAGUAAAUAUUUAGUUUUAAAAUUGGAAAAUUGUUUUACUGUGGAAAAAUCAACAUGGAUGGAUAGGAAAAAAGAUGAAAGUAUAGAGAAACUAAAAUUUUAGGAUAAGAAAUAACACUAAAAAUGUUAUUUAAAUGUUAUCUUAACGAAUCAUAAAAAAUGCUUGGAAGGAAGCAAUCAAUUAAAGUUGAAAAUAUCCUCGCUGAUUACGGAAACGAGGAAAUGCAAAACGAAAAUGCAGACGUCGAAUGGGUGAACAAACUAUGGGUGCGGCGGUUAAUGAGACUUGCUGCUUUAGUUUCUCUCUUCUCCGUUUGUCUCAACACACCAAAAACAUUCGAACGAUAUCCACCUUUAAAAUAUUUCACCUUCAUCUGUGAUGUUACUGUUGGCAUUCUCUUUCUAUCUGAGAUGAUCGCCAAGAUUUCACUUCGAGGAUUUGUCAAAGGAGAAAAUCCUUACUUCAAAAGCCGAUGGUGCAUUUUCGACAGUUUUAUGGUCUUAAUCAUUUGGGUGUCUGUCGUACUUCAAGUUUUGGAAGUUCUUGAAAUGGUGCCAAAAUUCUCAUCAUUGUCAAUUUUAAGGUCACCGCGACCACUCAUCAUGAUCAGAUUCCUUCGAGUUUUCCUUAAAUUCUCAAUGCCUCGAAGUCGAAUUAAUCAAAUUUUCAAACGAUCAAGCCAACAAAUUUACAACGUGACAUUAUUCUUUAUAUUUUUCAUGGCAUUAUACGGACUGCUUGGCGUGCAAUUCUUCGGUGAACUUAAAAGCCACUGCGUAUUAAGUACAACAAAUGAAACAAGGCCAUUGUCAAUCAACGCGCUUGCAAUUCCAGACACUUUCUGUUCAAUGGAUCCUGGAUCGGGUUACCAAUGCCCCGCUGGAAUGAAAUGCAUGAAAACGGAUUUUUUGUCGAGUUACGAGCAAGGAUAUCAAGGAUUUGAGGAAAUCUUCACCAGCGUGUUUACAGUUUAUCAAGCAGCCUCUCAAGAAGGUUGGGUAUUCAUCAUGUACCGCGCAAUUGACUCAUUGCCAGCAUGGAGAGCUGCAUUUUAUUUCAGCACAAUGAUCUUCUUCCUAGCAUGGCUGGUGAAGAAUGUUUUCAUUGCUGUAAUCACAGAAACUUUCAAUGAAAUCAGAGUUCAAUUUCAACAAAUGUGGGGCGUUCGUGGACAUAUCCAAAAUAGUAGCGCAUCACAUAUGCUUAUUGGUGACGACAAUGGAUGGAAGUUGAUAACAAUUGAUGACAACAAACAUGGAUCAGCUAAUGAAACAUGUCAUCGAAUCAUAAAGUCGUCUUACUUUCGGAAUAUUGUCAUGACAGUUAUUCUUGCAAAUGGAAUUGUCACAGCAACGAUGAACUUCAAACACGAUGGACGACCACGACAUGUUUUCUAUGAAAAUUAUUAUUAUAUAGAAAUUAUCUUUACAUUGUUCUUCGAUUUGGAAACAAUUUUCAAGAUUUUUUGUCUUGGUUGGCGGGGCUAUUGGAAGCAUUCGAUUCAUAAGUUUGAAUUGCUUCUUGCACUUGGAACAUCGAUUCAUGUUAUUCCAUUUUUUUAUUUAUCAGCUUUCACAUAUUUUCAAGUGCUUCGAGUUGUGAGAUUAAUUAAAGCGUCGCCAAUUCUCGAAGGUUUUGUUUACAAAAUCUUUGGACCAGGAAAGAAACUUGGAUCGUUGAUUAUCUUUACCAUGUGCUUGUUAAUCAUCAGCUCCAGCAUUUCUAUGCAACUUUUCUGCUUUCUUUGUGAUUUCACAAAAUUUGAAACCUUCCCAGAAGCUUUCAUGAGCAUGUUCCAGAUUCUAACUCAAGAAGCGUGGGUGGAAGUUAUGGAUGAAACGAUGAUUCGAACACCUUUAAGAUUGACGCCACUUGUUGCAGUUUACUUUAUUCUCUAUCAUUUGUUCGUGACACUUAUUGUGUUAAGUUUGUUCGUCGCUGUCAUCUUGGAUAACUUAGAACUUGACGAAGACAUCAAGAAACUAAAGCAACUCAAAUUUAGGGAACAAAGUGCUGAGAUAAAGGAAACAUUGCCAUUUCGAUUAAGAAUAUUUGAGAAGUUUCCCGACUCACCACAAAUGACAAUUCUUCAUCGAAUUCCAAGUGACUUCACAUUGCCAAAAGUUCGUGAAUCUUUUAUGAAGAAUUUUGUCAUUGAAAUGGAACAAGAUGAGUUCUCUGAAGGAUAUAAAAGGCCAGUAUCAGAGCCGUGGGAGUCGAAUGUUGCUUUUCGCAAGCAAAAGCCUUUGCGUCUGAUGACAAAAACUUUAAAAGUUCGAUCAAUUGGUGGAACUUUGAAGAAAUCUGCAAUCAUUCAUAUAAUUAAUGACUCGAAUAAUCAGAGAUUGAUGUUGGGAGACUCAGCAAUGCUUCCAGUUGCUGGUGUCAAAAGUGGACUUAAAUCACAAGGAACAAUCCAAACAAAAGCUGGUUGGCGAGUUGAUCAAAAGAAGUUUGGAUCGCGAUCAAUUCGAAGAAGUGUUCGAAGUGGUUCGAUAAAACUAAAGCAAACUUAUGAACAUUUAAUGGAAAAUGGCGACAUUGGAGCGACCAGUAGUCGUGUCACUUCAUCACGUGUCAGACCUCAUGAUUUGGAUAUUAAAUUGUUGCAAGCUAAACGACAACAAGCUGAAAUGCGACGAAAUCAAAGAGAAGAAGAUUUAAGAGAGAAUCAUCCAUUUUUUGACACGCCACUCUUUGCAAUUCCAAGAGAAAGUCGCUUCCGAAAGAUUUGCCAACGAAUUGUUCAUGGUCGUUAUGAUGCGCCAACAAAGGAUCGUAAAAUCCAGUACAAAACACUUCACAACUUUCUCGGACUCGUUACUUACCUUGAUUGGACGAUGAUCUUCGUGACAACGUUGUCGUGCAUUAGCAUGAUGUUUGAAACUCCACAUUAUCGCGUUAUGGAUCAUGUUUCACUUCAAAUCGCUGAGUAUACGUUCGUUAUCUUUAUGAGUCUUGAACUAACAUUGAAGAUUCUUGCCGAUGGACUUUUCUUCACACCAAAAGCAUACAUAAAAGAUGUUGCUGCCGUUCUCGAUGUUUUCAUAUUCUCUGUCUCGGCUAUUUUUCUCAUUUGGAUGCCAACACAAGUUCCAAGUGGUUCAAAUACUCAACUUUUGAUGAUCUUACGAUGCGUUCGUCCUUUAAGAAUAUUCACGCUUGUUCCACAUAUGCGAAAAGUUGUUUAUGAGUUGUGUCGAGGCUUCAAAGAAAUUCUUUUAGUAUCAACAAUGUUAAUUAUGUUGAUGUUUGUAUUCGCAAGUUAUGGUGUGCAACUUUAUGGCGGUCGAUUGGCGAGAUGUAAUGAUCCAACAAUUCAUAAACGUGAAGAUUGUGUGGGUGUUUUUAUGAGAAGAGUUUUUGUGACGAAGAUGAAACUUCAACCGGGACCUAAUGAAAGUUAUCCAGCGAUAUUAAUUGCUGGUUCAGUGCUUUUAAAUUCGGCACUUCUUUGUGUCACAUGGAUCAAAGGUGAUACAAAAACAGAGAGACUUGUCUUCAUAAGCGUUCUUCUUAACAUGGUUUUUGUAUGUGAAGUUGUUAUGAAAAAUAUUGCAUUUACAAUCCGUGGAUAUUGGCAAUCGAGACGAAAUCGUUAUGAUUUAACUGUGACCAUUCUUGGUGUCAUUUGGGUGACAAUGCAAAUCUUACUGAAGAGUGAUCUUACUUAUUUUCUAGGAUUUAUGGUCGUUAUUUUGAGAUUCUUCACAAUAACCGGAAAACAUUCGACACUCAAAAUGCUAAUUCUAACUGUUGCUGUAUCAGUUUGCAAGUCAUUCUUUAUUAUCUUCGGAAUGUUUUUGUUGGUGUUCUUUUAUGCUUUAGCUGGCACAAUUCUGUUUGGAACUGUCAAACAUGGAGAACAGAUUGGAAGGCGAGCCAGCUUUGGUACACCAAUCACGGGUGUUGCAAUGUUAUUUAGAAUUGUAACUGGUGAAGAUUGGAACAAAAUUAUGCACGAUUGUAUGAUUCAACCGCCUUAUUGCACUCCCGGACCGAACUUUUGGGAAACAGAUUGUGGCAAUUUUUCAGCGAGUUUAAUUUAUUUCUGUACAUUCUACGUGAUCAUAACGUAUAUUGUAUUGAAUCUUCUUGUCGCUAUUAUCAUGGAGAACUUUUCGCUGUUCUAUUCAAAUGAAGAAGAUGCUUUACUCUCUUAUGCCGACAUUAGAAACUUUCAAAAUACUUGGAACAUUGUGGAUAUUCAUCAACGUGGAGUGAUUCCAGUUAGAAGGAUAAAAUUCAUCUUGAGACUGCUUAAAGGUCGAUUGGAAGUUGAUCCACAGAAAGAUCGUUUGCUAUUCAAGUACAUGUGCUAUGAACUCGACAAACUUCAUAAUGGGGAAGACGUCACAUUUCAUGAUGUCAUAAACAUGUUGUCGUAUCGCUCUGUUGACAUCAGAAAGUCAUUGCAAUUAGAAGAGUUACUUGCCCGUGAAGAACUUGAAUAUAUUAUUGAAGAAGAAGUUGCAAAGCAAACCAUAAGAACAUGGCUUGAAGGUUGCAUGAAAAAGAUUCGUGCUAACAAUGCCAAACAGUCCAACUCACUGAUUGCUGGCUUGAGAGCGACUAAUGAGAUGAUGAUGAGAAAUGAGCAAAUUGAAGAGAAAAAAGAUUCAAUGGCUGAGAUUGAAGAAGGAAAAGAAGGUGAAAAGGGUCGAAAGAAGGCACAAAAUGUUUUAAGUCGAUCAGAUUCAACUGGAAGUGGUCGGAAAUUUUUAGCGCCAACAUUAUCUGAUCCGCAAGCUCGCAGUAGCAAAGAUAGAUUCAACGAUAGCAAAAAGAAAUCUGUAAGACAACAACAGAAUAAAACUCAACAUUUAGCACAACUCACAGAGACAACUUAUCAUCACACUUUACACCAUCAUCAUCAUCCUGGUGGAUAUCACGGUCAUCAUAAUCUUGAACAGCAGCAGAAUCUCACUAACCAACAUGUAACUUUAGCGUUUGAAGUUCACGAUUGGUGGUCGGAACAAAUAAUAUUUCAAGAAAGUAGCGAUGAAGAAUCUUAAGAUUCUUUUUCUAACAAUUUAUCGUAAAAUGUUACUAAAAACAUUCAAAAAUUAAAAGUAGAACAACUAGGAAUUGUCAUAUUAACAUACGAUGUAAUUACCUACGUGCCAAUUUUAUUUCAUUUAAACUUCCAACAUUUUCAGUAUUUUAUCAAAUCAAAUCUAGUCGUUUUUAUUAAUGAUUUUUAGUGAAAGGUAUCAAACCGAAAAGCUUUAAUUUAUUAUCUACUGUUGAUCAGUUUUUAUUUAUUGCUAAUUCUUUUUAUCUUUGCUUUAGAAAGGCAACGAAUAACAAUUUUAAUUCACAACAUUAAUGUUAAAUAAACUAAUGAGAGUUCUAUGAAUGUUGAAGUCACAAUAAAAUGUUAAUUAAAGAAUAUAGAAAGUG